AUGGCACACGCUCUGCGCUGCGAGCAAUGCAAGCAAUACAACAACACAUACUGCGAUGGCGUGUAUGGCAAGGUUCCUUGCUCGCCGUGCUGGAUCAAUGGUUUGGAGUGUUCUCUGAGGAGUGGCGCUGGCCAUGGCAUUGGGGGGGAUUUGGGGUGGUAUAUUGGUUUUGGUUAUGGUAUUGACACCGGCAGCAUGAUGGAUGGAGGACCGCCCAUGCCGACGUUUCCACCACCGCUGCCUCUUGGAAUGGCGCCUAUGCCUCCGCCAAUGCCGCCUUUCCCACCACCACUACCUCCUGGAAUGGCUCAUAUGCCUUCGCCAUUUCCGCCUCCGCCGCCACCAGGACUACCGCUACCACUGGCUGGACCUCCCGUGCCUCCUUUUCCACCACCGCUACCUCCUGGCGUCCCGCUUUUGCGCCCUCUUCUUCCCGCUCCUCCGCCUCCAACCAACCCGUUCACGGUGCCACCAAUGCUCCCGUGGAACGCCACCGGCCAGGGAUACACAACACUAGCACAGCGAACAACCGCCCUCCCCACGCCGCAACUCCCCACCAACCCGUUCGCUCCCACACCAAUGCCACAGACAAACACCACAAACUCGAGAGAUGACGACGACGAGGACGUGACCUUCCUCUUCAGCCGCCCCGCCCCAGGCCGCCGCCCAAGCCCAGAAGUCGUCUUCCUGAGCGAACGUCCCGUGGUCAAGGACCUGGACCAUAAGGCGGAAUUCCGAGAGUAUCUUCGCACGGGCGGGAGGGCUUUGCAGGAGGAAAUUAGUUGGAGGGAUAAUUUGGCGGAUUUUGAGCUUAUGGCGAGAAGAAGACGGCAUUGA